UAGAUGCUUUUGUUGCUUAAUUCUUUCAAAUACCAAACAAUAAUCGCAAUCAAUUAUGCGGAAAGUGGUGAUCCUUAAGUCUGAAAACGACAACAGUGAUGUAUAUUCGGCGUUGCUGCAGAAAAACGGCUUCGAACCUGUGUUCGUUCCGACCUUGGAUUUUUGCUUCAAGAAUCUGGAUGUUCUUCGCGAUCGAUUGCUGUCACCGUACAAGUAUUCAGGUCUAAUUUUUACCAGCCCACGAAGCAUAUCAGCCGUUCGGGAUGCACUCGGCGGACAGCGGCUUAAGGAUGAUUGGAAAACACUGGAAAACUACUGCGUUGGUGAAACAUCACACGAUUUGGUGCUACGCACUCUGGAACUGGAAACGAAAGGUCAGCAGUCUGGAAAUGCGAGCAAUUUAGCCGAUCUAAUGAAGACGGAUCUGUACAACAAAACUAUCACGCUUCCAUUUUUGUUCCCCUGCGGAAACCUAAAACAGGACGUCCUGCAAAACAAACUGUCCGAAUACGGUUACUCGAUAGAUUCGGUCGAAGUGUACGAAACCAUUCCACACAAGGAUUUGGAUCGAAAUUUACGGGAGGCGUUUGACAGCGGUGCUCCGGACUUCCUAAUGUUCUUCAGCCCGUCCGGAAUCAACUAUUGUUCGGCCGUUUUCGAACGGCACAAACUGGAUCUCACGGGCAGUCGGAUUGUAGCGAUCGGUCCCAGCACGAAGAAGGCGAUCGAAAAUAAAGGCUACACGGUGCACCGCACCGCCGAGAAACCGUCUCCCGAGUAUGUUGUUAGUGCUUUGCUUGAAUCCUAACUGGGGGUGCUGAAUAGUUUGCUGUCGGAGGAAUCGAAUGGAAUAUUUAUCGUACUUUUAAAACGAAUGUUGUGGGAAGUAAGGGUAUCGUCGUUAUCAAUCUGAAGGCCAAUCUAUUUUGCCAUGAAAACUAGAAAGACAAUUUUGUUAGGAGUUGUUGAACAACCGAAGAAUGCCGUCUAAAGAAAGAAAAUAAGAUUAGAAUAGUUUAUUGCUGGUUAGUGUUACUCAACUGUUGAUGUUAUAGUGCUACUAUCAUUGGUAUACCAAAGUUCUGAGAACAGAAAGCGAUGUUAAUUAUUUUGCUAUUGUGAUUGAAGUAGAGAGAGUAAAACUAUUUUUAUAACUGAGUGAAACUCGUUACUAUGUUUAAAUUUAGUACUUCUAGUCUUGUGCUGUCAACGCUGCUAAUUAGUUUGAUUAGGUUUUAUUCGUAACAUUUUUUUACUAUUCGCCUUGAUCCUGAAUGCCUAAGAUAACUGGUGUAUCAAACCAUUUCUUCACUGGAAUAAUAGUGCCGGUUUGUAAACAUUUUAAUUUAUAGUAAUAAUAUGCAGUGAAUUAUUCA